AUGCACAGCACAGAGCCUGUAUAUUUUGAAUUUCCCGAGUUCAAAAGCAGUUCACGAAGAGAUUAUUGGUUAGAUAUAUGUCUCGAGAUAUUACGAGCUCAUAGGUUUAUUAGGAAGUACAAUCUCAGAGAGAACCAAGUAAAUGAAGCUCUCGCCAGAGCUAUUCUUGGAAUUUUCCGGUACCGCGCAAUUAGGGAGGCAUUACAUGUUUUCCCAUCCAAUUACAGAACUUUACUCUGUUUCAAUUUGGCUGAGAGCCUCCCUGGGGGUGAUAUGAUCUUGGAAACUCUAUCAAAUCGCUUAGCUAUGAUGAAAUAUAGUUCUGGAAGACGUGAUGCAUUUGGAUCUCCCAAUGUGAAAAAGCAAUCAGUCCAACCAUUUUUCCUUUUAACUCUUUGUACACUUGGUAUUAUGUCUUGCAACGAGGAAGACUUCAAUAGAGAAGGUACCUUUCGUCUUGGAGAAUAUUGCGCAGGCGAAAUCAGUCCUCUGGAAGCCGCUGUGAAAGAGUCAAAACAGAACACAGGUAGAGCUGUCGCUGCACAAGCAACAGUGGACCAAGUAAAGGUGGAAGGGAUUGAUACAAAUUUAGCAGUACUGAAGGAAUUACUUUAUCCUCUAAUUGAAUCUUUUGAUCGGCUGCAACACUUGGUCUCUUGGGAAGAUCCUUGGAAAUCUGGUCUGUUUUUGCUGUUGAUCAGCUAUACGAUAUUCAGGGGAUGGACCAGAUAUAUAUUGCCCUGUACAUUUUUAAGUGUGGCGAGUUUUAUGAUCUGGCGGAGGCAGACCGGCAAAAUGGGACCCUUGGAAGCUUUCAAAAUUGUAGCUCCUCCCACCAAAAAUGCUGUAGAGCAGCUUUUAACAUUGCAAGAUGCUGUAACUCAAGUUGAGGGAUUAAUUCAGAGUGUUAACAUUGUUCUUCUCAAAAUGAGAGCUCUCCUAUAUGGUGUUAUCCCCCAGGCAACAGAAAAAGUCGCUCUAAUGCUUGUUCUGGUGGCUUUAGCGCUUGCUUUCGUGCCACUCAAUUAUAUACUUCUAUUUGCUUUUGUGGAGUGUUUCACGAGGAAUAUGCCCCUUAGAAAAGAGAGCAGUGCAAGGUUCAUGAGGCGUACAAGAGAGUGGUGGUUAAGAAUUCCAGCAGCUCCAGUUGAACUCAUUAAAUCUGAUGACAAGAAGAGGAGAUGA